GUGUUGAUGUCUGCUGUUUCCUGCCUGUGUACGUUUUCACGUGACCACUCAGAGAGCCCUUGCGCUUCUGAGGCAGCGGCAGACACAAAAAAGGAAACAACGCAGUUUUGAGCUCAGUAACGUUAGUUGCCAAAUUAUUUUAAUACAGGGUGGACGCCUGUAAUCGUCGAGGAUGUUUUCUCUCGGGGAGAAAAUGGAGUUCCUCAUAGGAAACCCCUUUUCAACGCCCGUCGGUCAGAGAAUCGAACAAGCGACCAGCGGCUCUGUGCAGUCGGAGGACUGGGGGCUCACUAUGGAGAUAUGUGACAUAAUCAACGAGACGGAUGAGGGACCCAGAGAUGCAGUCAAAGCUAUUAAGAAGAGAAUUGUAGGAAACAAGAACUUCAGAGAGAUCAUGUUGGCUCUUACUGUCCUUGAGGCCUGUGUGAAGAACUGUGGCCAUCGCUUCCACGUUCUGGUGACGUCGCAGGAGUUUGUUGAAGGAGUUUUGGUCCGUUCCAUUCUGCCUAAAUAUAACCCUCCCACUGUCCUCCAUGACAGAGUGCUCAGCCUCAUACAGUCGUGGGCGGAUGCGUUUCGUAACUCUCCCUCCCUGGCGGGGGUGGUAUACGUAUAUGACGACUUGAGGAGACGUGGUUUGGAGUUCCCCAUGACAGACUUGGAUGCUCUGUCCCCCAUACACACUCCGAAUAGGAGCAUCCCGGAAAACGGGACUCCUGAGACGACCCCUGUUGCUGCUCCCCCACUUCGGUCACAACCACAGGCAUCUUCUAGUGUUCCCACUCAGAACACUACUCCUCCAGUCCAGCCCAGCGAGGGACCAGUCUCCCUCUCUGCAGAACAGGAACAGAAGCUGCGGAGUGAGCUGGCGCUGGUGAAGGGAAAUCUCACUGUGAUGUCAGAAAUGCUGAAUGAGCUCACACCUGGACUGAGCCAGCAAGAUGACACAGAGCUGCUGCAGCAGCUGUACUCAGUGUGUAAGAGCAUGCAGACUCGAGUGAUGGAGCUCAUCCCGCAGCUGCUGGACGAAGGGUUUAUUGAAGAGCUGCUCGUGGUCAACGAUGACCUCAACAACGCCUUUAUCCGUUAUGAGAGGUUUGACAGACUGAACAAGUCACAAAUUACAACUACUCAACAGCAGAGCUCUACCACAAGCCCAAGCCUCAUUGACCUCAGCCCUGAGCCUUCCCAGCCAGCUCACAGCCAACCUGCGCUUAUCACAGCAACCAGCCAACCAGCAGUCAGCACCUGGGCCGAUCAACGGCAAUCACCCAACCACAAAUUUAGAUGCCAAGAUGGAGGAAGUUGUUACUCAUUCAGUUGUAAUGAGUUAACCCACUGUCUUGCAGAAGAGGAGGAGGAGUUUGACAUGUUUGCCCAGACGAGAGGCAGCUCCCUGGCUGAGCAGAGGAAAAGUGUCAGGUAUGAGGACCCACGAGCUGUCGAGGGCCUUGCUGGAGCUCUGGAUACGAGGUUGCAGGUCACAGGAGGGAUGUCAUCAGCAAAAAACUCCCUGCAUAAUGAAAUUGACAAAUGGUUAUCUUGUGAGGAAGACCAAUCUUCAGUUAGUGAGGGAGUAACCAGUGAAGAGUUUGAUAAGUUCCUGGAAGAUCGGGCGAAGGCAGCAGACCACAGCCCCCAGGCUAUUUGCAGCGUGUCACCCUCCACAUCUAGACCGCCGCCACAGUCCACCCGGCAACAGGACAGAUCACAUGACCAGCUUUUUUCACUCUGAUUUUGAUGACAAACAAGAGAAAUGGGUGGAUAUAAAGGUCAAUAUAUAAAUGCAAUCAAUGCAAAGUCAGGUUUUCUCUGAAAGCACACAAUAAAACCUGACACUACAGGACUAUGGGAUUAGAACAGUCUCACAAGUAUUAACAAACAAAUGUUAAGUUGCGUAACUCAUAAAAGACAAUGCACAAAUAAAUGUAGAGUGAUUUGUAUGUGUAAAUCUGGAUUUGUAUCCCUGCCUUUAAUUUACAACACGUAUGUCAUCAUUUGGACGUAAACUCAUGUAAGGUAAGGUCCUUUAUUUGUCACAUACACAUACAUGUAGCGAAAUUAAUCCUCUGCAUUUAACCCAUCCCUGAAGCGAGCAGCCACUGUACAGUGCCCGGGGACCAACUCCAGAUUGAAAUGCCAUGCCAGGUCAAACGGCACUGACUGGAGAACCUACCUAACAUGUUUUUGAUGGUGGGGGAAACCGGAGCACCCGGAGAAAACCCACGCACACACAGGGAGAACAUGAAAACUCGUCACGCCAACGUGCAGCCGUGUGGAUCCUUUUGAGACCGUUCUUCUACGCCUUUUGUGUCACAGUUGAAGUGCGGGGAAGACCAAACCUUUCUUGUAGAUGGCGGUAGUGCAACAUUUAUGGAUCGCAACCAUACAGUCUGAGGCCAACCGCUUUCAAACUGAACAGAAGACGAAGAACACCAAACCAAGUGCUGUCACUGGUUGCCUGUUUGUGAAGUGAAGGGGCAGCAGCAGCAUGGCUAGCUAACUAGCUGCUACAAUGCUGCUGUAUUCACAGUCAUAACAACUGUGGGCCUUCUGUAUCUCUGUAAAUAACAAUGUUGUUUUUUUAGUUAGGGCCUCUUUUUUCAUUUACCCACAGUUUCUGCUGCAUAGCUGUUAUGUUUCUCUUGAUAAUUUAUUUCUUAUAUCCCAAUGAGUAGCUUUCUCUCACAUCUAGAUCUCUCUUCAGUGCUAUUUAGCUGCCAUGUCAGCUUUCUGUCUAGUUUAACCAGAGACUGUUCACAGUGGUUGGCAUCAUAGACUGUAUGGUUGGCAUCCACAAAUACUUCCAUCUUCUAGAAGGGCUUGGUCUUCCCUGCACUUGGGAAUUUUUUGUGACACAAACAGCGUGGAAGAACCAUCUCAAAAGGAUCCAUACAGAUACGUAAAGAUUCACAAAUAUAUUUCCAUCCAAAAUGCCAAGUUGAGGAUACAAUCAUGCCACAUUUAUUUGUGCCUUGUGUUUUACGAGUUACGUCUCUUGACAUUUGUUUGUGAAUACCUGUUACAGAACUGCUUCCUAAUGAACUCAUUGCAUAAAUGUAGUUUUGAGCAGUUAAUUCUGCUGUUUAUCGUUGUGUACGUAUAAACAGGUUUGUGACUUUAUUUAUGAAUGAUUAUGUGUUAUUAUAAUGUUGAUGUAAACAAAAACUUCAAUUAGAACUAAUGUUUACAGUUAAGUAUAAUGAUGAAAAUAUAUUUGAUAUUUUGCCACUGUGUGCCUUUGACCCAGACUGCUGAUUUUGUGUAGAUGAGAAUAAAUGGGGUGUUGUCCUGCAAA